GGUUCAGAUUUCCCUGCACUCUGGAACAGACAGUUCUACCUGGAGUUUCAUUGUCAGAUAUGAAACUCUGCUUCUGGCCAGGGGCCCCUUACGGUUUGGCCAUUUUGGCAUUCCUGUGUAAUUGUGCCACAGCUGUGGAGAGACGAUAUUACAUUGCAGCUGUUAAUAUUAACUGGGACUACACUGCCGGACAGCAAAGGACUGGACCGUCAUAUAAAAAGGUUGUAUACAGGGAGUACAAUGAGGGAUUCACACAGGCUAAAACACAUCCCUUGUCCUCAGGGCUACUUGGGCCGACACUGCGGGGACAAGAGGGCGACACAAUCAUUGUCACGUUCAAGAACAUGGCAGAUCAUCCCUGCAGCAUCCACCCACAUGGCAUUGCUUACGGGAAGCAGUCAGAGGGAUCUUUAUACUUUGACAACACGUCACUCUAUGAGAAAGAAGAUGAUGUAAUUUUACCCGGAAAAGAGCACACAUACCAAUGGGAGGUGACGUCUGAGGUGGCCCCUAUGGAUGCGGACCCCCCAUGCAUCACCUACACAUACUUUUCCCACUUUGACAUAGUCAAGGACUACAAUACAGGGUUAAUAGGCACAAUGUUGAUCUGCAAGAAAGGCACCCUAGACGGCUCCGGAAAUCAGCUUCAUUUCCAUCAGGAGGCUGUGCUGUUGUUUGGCGUGUUUGAUGAGAACAAGAGCUGGUACAGCACUGGGGGCCCUGAACAGGCACACAAUGUGAAAUACACUAUAAAUGGCUACACAAAUGGCUCUAUACCAGAUCUGGACAUCUGUGCCCACUCCAAAGUCAGCUGGCACCUGCUGGGAAUGAGCUCUGAGCCAGAGCUCUUCUCUGUGCACUUCAAUGGGCAAGCCCUGCUGCAUGAUGGCCACAAAACCUCAUCUAUUGGCAUCAUUAGUGGAACUGCCACCAGUGCCAGUAUGAAUGGUAUCCACCCCGGCCACUGGCUUAUCUCCUCUCACAUUAGCAGGCACUUGGAAGCUGGUUUGCAUGGAUACCUAAAUAUCAAGACGUGUGAUGAGUACACGGCACCAAAGAGACGGCUUACCAUCCAACAGAAACAAGAAAGUCAAGUGUGGACCUACUACAUAGCAGCAGAAGAGGUCACCUGGGAUUAUGCUCCAAAUAUGAAAGACAACAUGGAUGGGGAUUUCCGAUCCAAAUAUUUAAAGCAGGGGCCUCAGCGAAUAGGUAAAAAAUACAAAAAAGCAGUAUUUACUCAGUAUAAAGAUGGCACGUUUAAAGAGAGAGCAGAAGAUAAGCAGAGGAAGAAAGAGCUUGGGAUUCUCGGGCCGGUGAUAAGAGCUCAAAUCAGAGAUGUCAUAAAGAUUGUCUUUAAAAACAAAGCAUCACGGCCGUACAGUAUCUAUCCUCAUGGACUGACCAUUGAUAAAGCAGCAGAAGGAGCCAGUUAUCCAGCAGAAGGGAACCAGACACACGGGAUUCAACCAGGUCAGAAUUACACAUAUACAUGGAGUGUGUCUGAGGAAGAUACACCAACGGACAGUGACCCCAGAUGUCUGACCAGGAUGUACCACAGUGCAGUGGACACUCCUCGAGACAUUGCUUCUGGUCUUGUGGGUCCUCUUCUCAUCUGUAAGAGCCAGUCCCUCAACAAAAAGAAUGUCCAGCUGAAAGCAGACAAAGAACAGCAUGCCAUGUUUACUGUUUUUGAUGAGAACAAGAGCUGGUACCAUGAUGAGAACAUUAACACAUACUGCAGUGACCCCAAAAGGGUUAAAAGAGAUGAUCCAGAGUUUUACAAAUCUAAUGUUAUGCACACAAUCAAUGGCUAUGUCUAUGAAAGUGGCCAAGAAUUGGGAUUUUGUAAUGGUGAAAUCGUGACCUGGCAUGUAUCUAGUGUUGGCGAACAAGAUUACAUCCAGACCGCCACUUUUUAUGGCCAUACAUUUGAGCUGAAAAACAGAGAAGAGGAUAUGCUCAGUCUAUUUCCCAUGACUGGAGAAACUAUCACUAUGAACAUGCUUAAUAUUGGUAUUUGGCUUUUAGCAUCACUGAACUCUCAUGAUUCCACGAAAGGGAUGAGGGUGAAAUUCAAGGACCUUGAAUGCUUCAGAGAUUACGUAAUGGAGUAUGAUUAUGAACAAGAAAAAUUCACUGUAUGGAAACCUGCGCCCCUCAGUGAUAUUAAGAAAGAGGAACCAAAACAAAUAAUCCCUAUCGUGGUUGAUGAGGACACUGAUAAUUAUGCAGAAGAAUUUGGCUUGAGGGCAUUCAAAAACGUAAAAAAUGAUGCUGAGUUUCUUGACCUUUCGAUGAUAGAUUUUGAUGAUGGUUUAUUGCCGACUACUGAGACAAAAAGCCCGGCCCCAAGCGAUGAGUUGGACAAAUCACACAAUGCUACUUUUGCAUCUUUCAAUCAGAUUCAUGGUUUAUCAACUGAAGAGGCUGGUUUGGACAAGAGACAAUCUUCAAAUAAAGUCUUGAAUGAAAGCACAAAAGAACCAUUGCUAAACAUGACAAGCAUUUCUGAUUCCAAACCAGAGGUCAUGUCAAACAAUGAUACGGACAGUGUUAUCUCAAAUCCUCCAGUUGUAGAAAGAAAAGUAUGCAGUGCAUCAACAAAGCCAGUGAAUGAAACGGAAAGUGUCUCCACAAAUGUUACUCUGGAUACUGAAAUAAAUACCAAUAUAGUAGAAAAUAGCAGUUCAUCAUUGGAGACAGACAGUUUCUCUGCUUAUACUACUCUUGUAGAAAAUGCCAGUUCAUCAUUGGAGACAGACAGUUUCUCUGCUUAUACUACUCUUGUAGAAAAUGCCAGUUCAUCAUUGGAGACAGACAGUUUCUCUGCUUAUACUACUCUUGUAGAAAAUGUCAGUUCAUCACUGGAGGGAGAGAGUGUCCCUGGUUAUACUACUCAGGAAGAAAAUGUCAGUUCAUCAUUUGACAGAGACAAUGUUCCUGAUUUUACUACUCAUGUAGAAAAUGUCAGUUCAUCAUUUGAGAGAGACAACGUCCCUUAUUUUACUACUCAUGUAGAAAAUGUCAGUUCAUCAUUUGAGAGAGACAGAGUCUCUGUGAAUACUUCUCAUUCUCCAGUAGUUGAAACCAACAUCACCCACACAAUGAAUGAAACGCACAUUUCCCCCACUAAUACCAGUAUCACUUCAUCUGAUGCUCCAGUUGGUGACAGAAACAUUACCAUGGAAAGUGACAGUCCAUCUUUAAAUUCUUCUGAAUCAAACCUCUUGAUUUCAAACCAAACUUUAGUCAACAAAACAGUAAUUCAAAAAGAGGCAAACACUAAAAAUAACUCUAACUUAGCGCAUGGUGACCAUGAUAGUUCAGGACACGUCUUCAUAUACCAUGUGCCUAGUCCUGAUUCUCUCUCCAACAGCUCGGAGACACAAACUGAGGAGGAUUUUGUGCUUCUGAAUGGUGAUCUUACCUCUGAAGUUUUAACAGAUUAUAAGACUGUUGUAGAAUAUAAUGUCUCACCAAUGGACACACCAGAGGAGAUUGGUGAAUUAAAUGAAAACACAACAAGGAUUCAAGAACUCAACAGCACAAAGGUGAAUUACACCGGUGAGAUGUUUUCGCAGAUAAAUUCUGAAACUGAGAACAUUUUUAAUCUCAGUUUGUCUUCGCCUUUGAGAAAUGGCACUUUGCAAAGCAACGAGUCUGACUCUUCAAAUGCAACUUUGUCUGAUUCCAGUCUCGACCUUGAAUCUGAAAUAACAGAGAAUGGCACAUCAUCAACUAAUGCUACAAUGAAAUCUCACAGUGAAAUUUUGAGAAAUGCAUCAGAGCUCUUUUCUUCAGACAGUACGAAGAAUAUGUCCUUUUCUCUUGGCCCUUUCAAUGUUUCAAUCACGAAAAACGGCUCAGAAAGCGAAAGUGAAGAGGAAGUAGUUAUCUAUCUGAAGAACAAUCACAGUGAGGCCAUACUCACAUCUCAUCUCUAUCCAAAAGAAGAGCACUGGGGUUAUGAAGGCAACCACGAACUGGUUCAUAUUGAAAUCCCAGAUCACAUGAACAAAUACAUCUCAGACAAUUCUGCAGCAAAUAAACCAAAGACCGAAAAGAAAAAAAAAGUAGUUCACCAGAGGGUAAAGCCGAAAAAGGGAUAUGGAAUGAAGACGAAGAAAAGGAAAGAGUAUAAGCCACAGCCACCUUCUGAUGUUUCUCCAAAGGGUUUCUCUCCAAGAGGUUUUGGACCUUCUGGGUUGACCCCACGGGGAAGCAGGCCUAUCUCUAGCGAGGAAGACCUGAUGGAGAAAUCCAUUGUCAUAGGAGUGCCAAGACGCGAUUUCAAUGAUUAUGAGAUAUACGUUCCAAAACAUGAGCAGACUGAAGAUCUUGAUGCUAUGGUUGAUACCCCAGAAGAAUAUGAAUAUAUAGAGUACAAAGACCCUUAUAGCAAAACAGCAGAUAUUCAAAGCCCAGCGCUUGAUGUAACAUCCCAGCAUUUCUUAAAAAUUGCUGGAGACAAGAAUACCAGAACUUUUUUCAUCACAGUUGAAGAGGAAGAAUGGGAUUAUGCUGGUUAUGGGCAGAGGAGGCCUGAUAAAUCAUCUCAGAAAGAGAGGCCCACAUCUUUCAAAAAAGCGGUCUUCAGAAAGUACCUGGACAGCACCUUUAGUAUCCGAGACAUCCGAGGAGAAAUGGAUGAACACCUGGGAAUUCUGGGUCCGGUCAUUAAAGCUGAAGUUGAUCAGACUGUUAUGGUAUUUUUUAGGAAUCUUGCCAGCCGUCCAUACUCUUUGCAUGCAAAUGGAGUAAAGUACUUAAAACAAAUGGAAGGCCUGAGUUACGAAGAUGAGUCACCGUACUGGUACAAACAGGACGAUGCCGUACAACCCAACAGCACCUUUAUCUACAUGUGGACUAUAAAUUCCAAAUCUGGGCCUCAAAAUAAUGAAUCUGACUGUCGAACGUGGACGUAUUACUCUGCAGUGAAUCCGGAGAGAGAUAUAAACUCUGGGCUGAUUGGACCGCUUCUGGUGUGCAGGAAGGGUACACUGGAUGAAAAGCCUCUGGGCAGAAGAGAGUUUGUCCUGCUCUUCAUGACGUUUGAUGAGAAUAAGAGCUGGUACUACGAGGAGAAUCGGGAGAGGAUUGAAAGGAAAAACAAAAGAGCAGUCAUGGAUCCAAAUUUUACAAAUAAAUUAAAGUUUGACGCUAUCAAUGGUAUUAUCUACAGCCUCAAAGGAUUGCGAAUGUACACAAAUCAGCUAGCGAAGUGGCAUCUGAUCAACAUGGGCUCUCCUAAAGACCUCCACAGUGUCCAUUUCCAUGGUCAAACGUUCAUAAAUAAGGAGUUAAAGGACCACCGUCAGGGUGUUUACCCACUUUUACCAGGUGGAUUUGCCACACUGGAAAUGUUGCCUUCAAAGCCUGGUCUCUGGCAGCUGGAGUCUGAAGUUGGACUGUCACAGCAGAGGGGAAUGCAGACGUUAUUCCUUGUGUUAGAUAAGGUCUGUGAUCAUCCUCUUGGUUUCAUCUCUGGAACUGUGAAAGAUGAACACAUAACAGCAUCUGACUAUAGAGGACAAUGGUAUCCUCAUUUGGCCAGACUACAUAAUACAGGGAAAUACAAUGCAUGGAGUACAACAAAGACAGGACAGUACAUUCAGGUGGACUUCCAGAGGCCAGUAGUGAUUAGUAAAGUUGCCACACAAGGAGCCAAGCAAUUGUUAGCACAUAAUUUUGUGCUGAACUACACCAUUUCCUACAGCACUGACAAAAAGAAGUGGACUUUCUACAAGGGAGACAGCGAUACCAUCAGAAAGACUUUUGAAGGAAACAGCGAAGCUUAUGACACGAAGGAGAAUAUAUUUUUCCCACCUCUGAUUGGUCGAUAUGUGAGGCUGUAUCCUUUACAGUCUUACAACUACCCAACUGUCCGUUUGGAGUACUAUGGUUGUGAGCUAGAUGGUUGCUCUGUGCCAUUGGGAAUGGAAAGUGGUGUCAUUACAGAUGCUCAAAUCACUGCCAGUUCUGUGGCCACCCAUUGGUACUCUGGCCAGUGGCAUCCUUGGUAUGCACGCUUAAAUAAAUAUGGGACUGUCAAUGCAUGGCGAGCCAAGAACAAUGACAUUCAGCCAUGGAUCCAGGUGGAACUCAAGGACAUAAAGAAGAUAACCGGAAUUAUAACACAGGGGGCCAAAUCAUAUGGCAAUGAGAUGUUUGUGACAACAUAUUCUCUGGAGUACAGUGAAGAUGGCAUGAGAUGGACAAAGUACACGGAUGAUGAGGACUAUGAACAAAAGACAUUUCAAGGCAACACAGAUAACAAUGGCAAAGUAAAGAACUACAUCUACCCUCCAAUAUUUUCCAAAUUCAUCCGGAUUAUUCCAAAACAAUGGCAGAAGUCCAUUACUAUGAGGAUUGAGCUGCUUGGUUGUGAUUUUGAAUAAACACUGUGCUUUCAAUGAUA